CAAAUUCUUCCAUGAAAAAUACCUACCUAGGUAGAGAAGGGCAACAUAGUAAUAAUUAGCUUGAAAAUGAGGUUCAUCUGUUUGCAUGGUAUGGGGACGAGUGCUGAUAUAUUCGAAAUUCAAACUGGACCCCUUCGACAAGCUCUUGGCAAGAACCACGAAUUCGAAUUCUAUGAGGGAGAACACGAAGUUCCGCCAGCACCAGGAAUUCAUUCAGUCUUCGAACGCGAUAUCUACAAGGCGUGGUACGACCCUUGUUUAGGAGCAUCUACGCAUCGCAAAGCCAUAGAACUUCUAAGUGAGAUAGUAGACGAGGACGGUCCAUUCGAUGGAUGUAUAGGUUUCUCUCAAGGCGCAUCCCUCCUUGGAUCAUUCUUACUCGCUCAUCAGUCCUUGAAUCCAUUCUCACCUCCACCCUUUCGUCUUGCGAUCUUCAUCUGCGGGAGUAGCGCGCUAUCCGUCUCUGAGAGUAAUGGCUUAUGGAGUCGCAUCAAUCCACAGGAUCUCGAAGGAAAAAACAAGAGAAUAAAGAUACCUACAGUUCAUAUUUACGGUCGUAAAGAUCCUGCGUAUCAAGAUAGUCUAAACUUGAAGGACAUGUGCGAGCCACGAAACAGGUUGGAAUAUGACCAUAACAGUGGUCAUGACAUUCCACGUGGGGUAGCUGUGACAAAAGAUAUGUCAAGGACCGUGCAGAAGGGCAUAGAGCGAGCUAUGUGCGGCCAUUGAGUCUCAAGCGCCUGUAGUUAAUAGUUCCAUAGCAAAUGUAUACCUAGUAGUUGUUGAGAUAGCAAAAGAGAAUUGUCAAAAGUUAAA